AUGGCUCUCAGCAGCGAGGAAGGUGAUCUCGAGCUGAGAGAUGCUGUUCUGCAGCUCCUUGAAGACUCCGGAGCGCUCAGCAAGAUCAAGGCUGAACUGCGCUCCCGGGUGUUCCAGGCUCUGUAUGACUCGAACCAGCUUCGUGGAAAGCUGCCUCCAUCGCGAGCCUUGCAAUUCAGCGGCCACGAAGAAGGCCGCUUAGCGCUGUCCCUCGUGAAGGACUUGCUGCAAUGCUUAGAUCUAAAUUUCACCAUGUCCGUAUUCGAAGCAGAAGUACAGGCCAAGACGCUUUUGAAUCGCAAAGAAACAGCCGCGAAACUGGACAUCGGAACCUCUUUGGAGGAACCUUUGUUGAGCUCGGUUGUGAAUUCGGCGCUGAAUCCCCGAAAAACAGAAACAACGACAAAUCGGCAAAACGUUGACGUGCAAACAAUGUUUGCCGAGCAGUCAUUCUUCGCCCAACUCGACAACGAAGGAGGCGACAAAGAAGAAAGUUCCAAAUCCGAGCAGCUCGAAGCUGAAGAGGAGCCCCGAAAAAAAACAGUGUUCAGUCCGCCACGAUCACCUGAAAAAUCUCGACCAGAAUCUCAGAAAGCAGUCGAAAUGCAUUCGACCACGACGAGUCACAACAAUAAAUUAUCUCCACUGAAACCGCUUCCGUCGCUAAAGGACUUACCGCAACUGCAACCGCCCUCGAAACUUCCAAGUCUCAAAAGGCCUCCACCGGAACCAGUCAAACUCUUAGACGCAGAUAGCGGAGAUGACGUCGAAUCUCUUGGGGAUGAUCUCCUAUCCUCGCUAGGAGACUCAUCAACGAACGAAGUUUCAACUUCACAAGCUGAAAUCCCCAACGGCGACUACGUCGAGAACGUUGCAUAAACUUAGUUAGCCGAACACCGCAACUCGCAAACACCUACUGAUGCAAUUACUAGGCCAGACUUACGUCACACGACAGAUAUUUAUUCAUAUAUACUGUGAGAACAUUGCCCCCUUCCCCUGCGCUAGAAUGCAACCUGGUCUGUGCGCAAACAGACCAGACUGUACGAAUGUUGUGAUAUACUCCGUGUGUUUAAGAGCUACCAACCACCCCGAGAGAAACUGAACUUCAACUUGAUCCAAGUUUACACUCCUCUGGGAACAAGAUAGAUCUCGAGCUCGACGAUAUUGGGUUUGGAUAUCGAGGAGAUUUGUAGCUAAGAA